AUGAAGCCUUCGUUAAAUUCAAGUCUUUGCGUUUUAACACAAAAAAUUGGACGUCUGUUACUGAUUGGUUUAAAUCGACCAGAUAAAGGGAAUUGUAUAAAUCGGGAGACUGUAGCUGCAUUGAACAAUGUUAUUCAUAAUCAGUUUGAAAAAGAUAAUGAUAUAAUCGGUGGUGUAUUAUACGGUGAAGGUAAAGAUUUUUGUUUGGGUUUGGAUAUUGAAGAAUUAUUGGAGUAUAUUAAACAAAAUCCGAAUUAUGAUAACUCGAAGAUAAAUCAAAUGUAUUCUUGUUCAUCUACAGAUCCUAAUAAAAUCACCUUAACGAGUAAACCUCUUGUUGCAGCAAUCAAUGGCAAUGCUGUCGGUGGAGGUUUAGAAUUAGCAUUAGCCUGUGAUCUACGUGUAGCAGAAGUUGAUUCUGUUCUUAGCUUACAUAAAAGAAAACAUUGUAUACCUAUGAUGAAUAUGGGAACAAUACGCCUGCCCGCAUUGAUUGGUCUGUCACGUGCUCUAGAUAUGGCAUUAACAGGACGUGAGUUAAAUGCAAAUGAAGCUCUGCAAUUUGGAUUGAUAAAUCGUGUCACUGCUACAGGAACUGCUAUUGGCGUUGCAGUGAAAAUGAUUGAUGCUAUAACUCGUCUGCCAGGAUUAUCUGCUUUACUGUCUGAUCGGUCAAAUUUGCUCAGAGCCAGCUGUUCCUCUUCUUCAGACAAUUCAAAAUUAGCUAAAUUAGAAUAUAAUGAAGCAUUGAAUGCUUUACGAAAAGAAGGAGUUAAAGGAUUUCGAGAGAAUGCGAUGGACUUUAUCAAUACAAAAUGGUCGAUAUAAUCAUCAUUCAGUGUCCUGUCUACGAAUACCUUCUAAAUAUUAGACUUGUCUGUUUUUGUAAUUAUUGAAUUCAAUAAAGACCAUUCACUGAAUAUUGAUUCGUCAGUUUUUAUUCGUUGAGAUAAAUCUCCAUAUAUUAUGGCAUCAUUCUAUAGAUCAUUAAAUUGCUUUUAUUGUAUUAUACAUGACAGACAUAUUUAAUAAUUGCAUCCUUAAAUACAUUCACUGUAAUGUUAUGAUUUUAUACAAUAAAA